AUGCCGGCUGCAGACUGUCAAGCUUUGAGAUUUUCAACCUCGGACGUUAACUUUGACAAGCCCACGACGUCAACACGCAGCAGCAGCAGACGCAGCAGCGGCAGCAUGGUGGCUCUGAUGCCGAACCCACACCGCUGCCUCCCCAUGCGGAGCCCCAUGGCGAGAGCUCUUGUCCUGACUUUUGCUAUUCUCGCCAUCAGUACCCUCCUUCUCAGAUCCAGUGCCGAAGUACAGACCGCCAUCAUCCAGACGGCAGCGUCCGCCAAGCAAGCGAUAUAUCUCCAGAGACCGUUGAAGCAUGGCGCCGACUGGCAAGAUACACUUCCGACACCGACAGAGCCACACCGGGCCAGCUCCACAGGGGAUAUUGCGGCUGCAUUGGUCAACUCAUCCAUCCCUAUGGACUGCAAUUAUGACAUUGCUCGGCUGAAGCAGUGGAAGGAAAAGUACAAGCUGGGGGGCCAGAUUGAGUAUACGAAACGAUAUAUCCAGGUUUCCCGUCAGCCCAUACGCCGCAAGUCCAUGACGGCGCUAAACCAAAGCUUCCUGACCGGCACCAUCAUGACAGUGGACCUCAACAAUCCCGAGCCGUAUCAAGCCGAGUCGUGCCCCGAGCCCCUUGUGGCGCCCGUUUCGCAGUCUCCAUUCCCCGGAAGUGCCAAUGCAUCGGAAUUCAUGUUUGGUGUCUCGACCACGUACAAACGGUUCAGCGAUCCGAAGACGAGCCCGGUGAACGAGUGGACGUAUUGGUUGACAGAUGGGAAGGGGAAUACUAACGGUGGGAAGCUGCUUCUGAUGCUGUUGGAUGCCGAGGAUGAGCAGCUGCAGGAGACGCAUAACAUCUUGACGACGGCGGGGAUCGAUGUGGAUGUGUAUCGGUCUAACGCAGAGGAUAUCAUGGCCGUGAGGUAUUUGGCAUUGGUGCCGACCAUGUAUAACCACCCGGAAAGGCCGAGGAAGAAGUGGCUGGUGACGUGCGAUGAUGACACCUUCUUUCCGAGCUUCAAUGCGCUGAAGGAGAGGUUUGACGAGUUUGAUGACGGGUUUCCGAUGUAUAUUGGAACGUUUUCGGAGGAUGUGAAUAACAUUCAGAGGCAUGGGUCGCAGGCGUUCGGGGGCGCGGGGGUGUUUCUGAGUGUGCCCAUGGCAGGUUUGGUGGCCGAGAGGUAUGAGAGUUGCAAGACGGAGCAGAAGAUCAAGGAGGCGAACUCGGGGUGGGGACCGCAGGGGGAUAUCUUGCUGAGAAAGUGCAUUUAUGAGAAUUCAAACUACAAGCUCACGCUGUUGAAUGAGCUGUGGCAGUUGGACUUGUAUGGGGAUCCGUCUGGGUUUUAUGAGUCGGGGAUCAAGCCGUUGAGCUUGCAUCAUUAUCGAGGAGGGGGAUGGCAUGUGGCUUAUCCGUGGCAUUACACCAAGGUGUCGAAUGUCUGUGGAGAGGACUGCAUGAUGCAGAGGUUUCGGACCGAGGAUGAUUUUGUGAUUGCGAAUGGAUUUAGUGUGGCGUAUUAUCCGCAGGGAAUCGACUUUGAUGUGAACCAGUUCGAGGCGACGUUCCAUGCGGCGCCGCAGAACCAUGGAUGGAAUUUGGAUUUUAUCAUGGGACCGCAGAGGCCGAGCCUGCACAGGACGGGGAGGAAGCUGAGUUGGGAUUUGCAGGAGGCUGAGGUGUUGGAGGAGGGGAUGGUGGUGAGGCAGGUUUAUGUGAGGAGAGCGGAUGAUUGGAGGUGGAAGAAUGUGGAUGGGAGCGCCAUGGCUGGGCGGGACGGGGUGCUGGAGUUGGUUUGGUUGGGCGACCGUGGGCAGUAA